AGCCAGCGAGCGGGUAAAUGGAGCCAGCAACAGCGGGUGCCGGUCGUCGGCAGUUCGCGCGCAGGCGCCGCGAGCAGCAACAACCGCCGCCGCAGCAGCAGCAGCAGCAGCAGCAGCAGCGCAGGACGCGCCUGAGUCCCGUAUGGAACUCCAACUGGAACAGCGACAAGCGUCCGUGGGUGCGAGGCUCCUCCAACGUGGCAGUUGUGCGGCCCAGCAGGAGCUCCAUCGAAACCACAAAGACCCGACCAGCCAGCACUUGUCUGCAUUCGCGGGGGAUGCACUCCUUCUCCAACCCCUACGUGGCGCUGCUGCACGGCAAGGAACAGGCGAAUGGCGCAGUUGGGAAGAGACGCAGCCGAAUGCCGGUGGCCCCAUGCCCCAUGGCCUUGGGACGCACGUACACUGCGCCGCCGCCUCCCACUGCCAGCCAGGCGGCCAAGGGCAGGCCAAGCACAAAGGCCGGCUUAAUCCGUAAGGCAGCCAUCAAGGCCAAGGUGGAGUCGCACCUGUGCUCCAGCUCGGAUCACAUGGCGCCUUUGGCGAUGGAGAACAAGGCCCUGGCCGAGGCCCACCAGCAGCUAGAGUUGCUCAUCACAGGGAUCGAGCGGGAGAGUUAUGGCCGCCGCCGAAGCACAGGAGCUCGAGGCCAAAGCGGGAAGGGAGUGCGCUGCCAGAUGGGUAAACCACCGACAGUGCCAGCCGGCUCUCCCAUGCUGAGUGCAAGGGAGAACGCAGAGCAGAUCCGACACCUGGUACCGUUGGCAUGCAAUCCACAGCUGCUGCCGCCGGCGAGGCGAGAGGCGCUGCUGAAGCUGUUAUCGCGUGCCGAGCAGCACGACAAUGGCAUAGUGGAGCUGCUGCGGCCACCCACGGGCAACUCCUCGAGGAACAGGAACAACAGGCUGACGAUGCUACAGAUGCUACCUUUGUGCCUGGAUGAGUCGCCGUAUGGCAAGCAGAUGUCCCAGAAGUAUCUGUGCCAGCCUGGCGGCACGGGCCCACGAACCGACGACGAGCGCUUCAAGGAGGCCAAGAUCCUGCGCAGUCCCACCGGUCAGGUGCUGCUGUCGCGCACCCUGGAGGAGGAGCUCAAGGAUGAGCAAAUUGUGCUCAACUUCAUGGAGGAGCAGCUCAACGAGCGCCAGCAGCAGGCCAUGCGGGAGCGGGCCGAGCUGGAGCAGCACAAGCAGCUGGUGGUCGAGUGUAGGGAGCGGCGGCGUCAAUCCGAUCUCAAGAAGGAGCUUACCGAUAUGGUAAUUCCGCGCAGAAUGCUGGCCAAAGUUGUUCCCGAAAGCGAGGAUGAAGGCCAUCAAAUCUCACCCUCGGAAAUGUUCAAUUCAGUCGAUGAACCCCUGCAUGAGCUUCUUGAGCGGCGACAUCAGUUCCAGGUGCAUGCUCAGGCCAUAGCUUUUCCCAAGACCAAGGACGACACUCACUCGCAGGACACUCCAAAGUGCAAUCAAGCCUCACACAGCUUGCAGCAAGCCGUGGCCAAGGCCGCAGACCGCGCUGAUCCCCUGACUGAGCUGCGCGACCAGCGACAUUUGUUCCAGAUGCAUUCUCAGGACUGUUGCCUCUACAGAAACGCCCGAAGCUCCGCGCCCUGGGAGAUCUUUGCCAGUGUGGCCACGACCUGCAUUCAGGAGUUGUUGGACGACGUGCUGGCCGCAGACAGCGACAAAGAUGAUUCUGAGAUCGAGUCUGACUGAAUCCCUAAGACAAAUUGUAGCAUUUAUUUGCCUGUAAAUUGAAAGUAAUUCCAAAUUCAGAUUG